AUGUUGACUUCCUUACUCCCGGGCGUGUCUUCAAAUUGGCUUGUGGAUCAGGAGGAUGGAUUCCAAUUCUUUCUUGGCGUGCGCCAUAUCCUACAGGGAUUUCUCCAGCGUCAGGAAGCUGCGGAUAGCAUUAUGAGAUACGUUCUUGGACUCUAUGUGUACUGGGAAGUCACGGCGCCUUAUUUUCAGCCCCGUCAACAGUCUAGCGCUCAUGCAGGCCUCGUUCCAGACCUAAAGACGAUUGUCAGGCGUUACUUGGGUGACUCUCCUCAUACCGUACUUGGUCUGGGAUCGACCAUCUUCCCCAUCUUGGCAGAAGUCGGCCAGCAUUAUCGGCGAAUGGUCGAAGGACAAGAUUGUCUGACGGAAAUGCACGAAGACGAGCUUGAAGCUCAGCUGCUAAAUUGGAAGGUUCCAGAACAAGCGCAUAGAUCGCCAGACAACCAUCCAAUGCUCCGCUUAUUGGCAGAUGCACAUCGUUGGACCGGAAUAGUCAUGCUUUAUCAAGCCGUAUCCGUACAAACCAAAUUGACCUCGGAACGCCGCGACUUGAUGGAUCGUGCAAUAGUCUCGGUAAUGGAAACCCUACGUUUGAUGCCAUCGGGUAGUUCCUACGAGACCGCAGUGCCGUUUCUUGCAAUUGUCGUAGGCUCCGAAUUGCGCCAACAAGAUCUGGGCUAUCGUGCAAUGUUGAGAGCUUUCCAAGGAAGACUGGAGCAGUCUGUCAGAGUGAGAGCAUACUCAGACAUGUUCCAACAACUCUCGAGAUUGUGGAAUCGCCGUGAUGCUGGUGAAAGUUUGACAUGGCUGGAGCUCAUGUACGAAGAGGCUUUUUUCCCGCCUAUAGUAUGA